UCAGCCCACCUCUCUGAGUCUUCUUGAGAGAUGUUUUUUGCGGUUACGUGCAGGCACCUUGAACUCUUUUGGUACCGAAGACCAGCCGCUACGAGCACCUAAGGCAGGGCCUCGCGGACCCCGGCUUCCCCAAAACGAUGGCCCAUUUCUCGGGAGAGGACCAGGCGAUGCUGCAGGCGAUGUUGAGGCAGUUGUUUCAGAACGUGAAGGAGAAAAUCACUGGUGCUCCCUCCCUAGAGUGCGCCGAGGAGAUCCUCUUACACCUGGAGGAAACUGAUGAGAAUUUUCACAACUAUGAAUUUGUGAAAUACCUAAGACAGCAUAUAUGCAACACUUUGGGGUCUAUGAUUGAAGAAGAAAUGGAAAAAUGGACAUCUGAUCAGAAUCAGAGUGAGGAAUCUGGCUACGACACAGUUGUGCAGCAUGUCACCAAAAGAACUCAGGAAUCUAAAGAGUACAAAGAAAUGAUGCAUUCCCUGAAGAACAUCAUGAUGGUCGUGGUGGAAUCUAUGAUUAACAAGUUUGAAGAAGAUGAGAUGCGAAGUCAGGAGAGGCAGAAAAAAAUGCAAAGGGAGAAAAGCAGUAGCUAUUGCACAGACAACUGCUCCGACAGUGAUUCGUCAUUCAAUCAGAGUUACAAAUUUUGUCAAGGAAAAUUGCAAUUGAUUUUAGACCAGUUGGAUCCAGGGCAACCAAAAGAGGUGAGAUAUGAAGCCUUGCAUACGUUAUGUUCAGCGCCACCGUCGGAUGUCCUGACCUGUGAAAACUGGACCACUCUCUGCGAGAAACUGACGAUGUCUCUUUCAGAUCCUGAUCCUGUGUUUAGUGACCGGAUUUUAAAAUUCUAUGCACAGACAUUCACCCUUUCACCAUUACAUCUGACAAAGGAAAUUUAUACAAGCAUAGCUAAAUAUUUGGAGAUAUACUUUCUUUCUAGAGAAAAUCAUAUUCCUCCUAUUUCAACUGGCAUAGAUAUAACUAAUCCUAAUAUGAUCCGCUUACUUAAAAAGGUUCGUCUUCUAAAUGAAUAUCAGAAGGAGGCUCCAUGUUUCUGGAUUCGCCACCCUGAGAAGUAUAUGGAAGAAAUUGUGGAGAGUACUUUGUCCUUAUUGUCACUUAAACAUGAUCAAAGUCAUCUUGUCUCACAAAAGGUUUUGCAUCCCAUCUACUUUCUUGUAUUGGUUGAUACCAGGGCUGUGUGGUUCAAAAAGUGGAUGCAUGGAUAUUAUAGCAGAACCGUUGUACUAAGACUUCUUGAAAAGAAAUAUAAAUCUCUGAUAACUACAGCAGUUCAGCAGUGCAUUCAGUAUUUUGAGUUAUGUGAGACCAUGAAAGCUGAUGAGAUUGUGGGACAUUCAAAGCAUUGUGGGAACAAGCAGAAAACUUUCUAUUACUCAGGGCAAGAAUUACAAUAUAUUUAUUUUAUCCACUCUCUGUGCCUUUUGGGAAGAUUAUUGAUCUAUACACAAGGAAGAAAGCUAUUUCCCAUAAAGCUGAAGAAUAGAAAAGAUUCAUUAUCCCUUACAGAUCUUCUGGUUCUGUUUACCCAACUUAUAUAUUCCUCACCAAGUUGUCCAAGGAUGACAUCAGCUGCACAUUUAGAGAAUUACUCUCCGGCAAGUAUGGUGACCGAAGUUCUGCAGAUACUCUGCGAUCAUAAAGAAUGUGCGAUCGAAGGCUUGUAUAACAGCACUGUGGUCGAGGCCCUUCUCCAGCCAAUUCAUAAUUUAAUGAAAGGAACUAAGGCUGCUCCAAAUUGCUCUGAAACAGCUUUAAUUAAUGUAGCUGAUGUUUUGGCAAGAAUUGCAUCUGCAGAAGAAGGCCUUACCUUACUUCUUUAUGGAGAAAAUAUGCACUCUUCCAAAGAAAAAAGUUCUACAGGUGCUCACGUAAUAGCCCAGUUUUUGAAAAAACUUCUCGAUGAAGAUAUUUCUAUUUUUUCUGGAUCAGAAAUGUUGCCCAUGGUGAAAGGAGCUUUUAUUUCCACGUGUUGCCAAAUAUAUGGUACAUGUGAAGGCUUGCAAGUGUUAAUCCCUUAUAGUUUACAUGAAUCUCUAGCAAAGGCAUGGAAGAAGACAAGUUUGUUAUCAGACAGAAUUCCUACUCCAGUAGAGGAUUCAGAUUCUGUUUCUUCGAUAAGCCAGGAAUCCCAAAACAUUAUGGCUUGGGAAGAGAAUUUAUUAGAUGGUUUACUCAAUUUUGCUGCCACUCCUAAAGGACUACUACUUCUUCAAAGAACAGAUGCCAUCAAUGAAUGUGUGACAUUUAUGUUCAACCGGCAUGCAAAAAAAUUACAGAUUAGCAGGCAUAAAAAGUUCGACUGUGGGGUUUUGGUUACACAAGUAGCCUCAACAGCAGCAGGUGCGAUAGCUCUGCAAAGGUCAGGGUUUGUUAAUGCACUUGUAACUGAAUUGUGGGCCAAUCUGGAGUGUGGAAGAGAUGAUGUUAGAGUGACCCAUCCCAGAGCUACCCCAGUGGAUCCUGUUGACCAAAGCUGUCAAAAGUCUUUUCUAGCAUUGGUGAACUUCUUAUCCUUUCCUGCUAUUUAUGAGCUGGUAGGCAAUCAAGAUCUUCCUAAUAAAGCAGAGUAUUCUCUUCGUGAAGUUCCCACAUGUAUUAUUGAUAUUAUUGACAGACUUAUAAUUUUGAACUCUGAAGCUAAGAUUCGUUCUUUAUUCAACUAUGAGCAAUCACACAUCUUUGGUCUAAGGUUAUUAAGUGUGAUAUGCUGUAGUCUAGACACUCUCCUUCUAUUAGAGGCUCAGUAUCAAGUGUCUGAAGUAUUGCUACGUGCUCAAGAAGAAAGUAUCCUGGAGACCUCUGAGGGCCACAGGGGUUUUAUAAUUGAUGGCUUAUCAGUAGAGAGAAAUCAUGUGCUUGUUAGAAUAAAUCUUAUUGGGGGACCAGUGGAACGAAUUUUGCCUCCCAGGAUGCUAGAGAAGGGUGAUGAUCCGUAUCCUUGGCCAAUGUUUUCAUCAUAUCCUGUACCAAACUGCUAUCUGUCAGAAGUUACAAGAAAUGCUGACCUGAAACAAGACAAUGAUCUCAGCAAAAUUUUAUUACACUUCAAGAUGUCUGAUAAACAAACCGAGUGGAUAGAAAACUGCCAAAGACAAUUUUGCAAAAUGAUGAAGGCCAAACCUGAUAUGAUCAGUGGAGGUGCUUUAGUGGAGUUACUUGAGAGUUUUGUGCUUCAUCUCUCUGAAAGCCCAUCGGAAUGCUACUUCCCUUCAGUAGAAUAUACAGCCAAUGAUGCAAAUGUGAAGAAUGAAAGUCUUUCGCUGGUGCAGCAGCUUGGCAUUCAAAUGACUGUCAGGUAUGGCAAAUUCCUCAACCUGUUAGAAGAUGGUGCAGACAAUGACCUUGCCUGGGUCUUACAGCACUGCGAGAGGUUCCUGAACCAGCAGCGAGCUCUUGCAAAGUCUCCUCUUCUCUGCCUGCAGGGCGGUUGUGCUGGCCACGACUGGUUUGUGUCUUCUCUGUUCAUGGUGAUGUUGGGGGACAGACAGAAAACAUUCCGGUUUCUGCAGCAAUUCUCCAGGCUUCUGGCCUCCGCUUUCCUUUGGCUGCCAAGACUACAUAUUUCUAGGUACCUCCCUGUUGACACGAUAGAGUCUGGCAUCCAUCCUGUGUAUUUUUGCAGCAGUCACUAUGUUGAAAUGCUCCUGAAGGCGGAGGUGCCACUUGUGUUUUCAGCUUUCCACAUGUCUGGUUUUGCGCCAUCACAGAUUUGUCUGCAAUGGAUAACUCAGUGUUUUUGGAAUUAUUUAGAUUGGAUAGAAAUCUGCCAUUAUAUUGCCACUUGUGUUUUCCUUGGUCCUGAUUAUCAAGUGUAUAUCUGUAUAGCUAUAUUCAAACAUCUACAACAAGACAUUCUACAGCACACUCAGACUCAAGAUCUGCAGGUUUUUCUAAAAGAAGAAGCACUGCAUGGGUUUCGAGUGAGUGAUUACUUUGACUAUAUGGAAAUUUUGGAACAAAACUACCGACCAGUGUUGCUGAGAGACAUGCGGAACAUUAGAGCCCAGAGCACGUAGAUCAUAACACAAAGGGACUUGAUUGUUUCCUAUCUGUGUCCAUGACAACAUACACUUUGUGAAUACACACUUUGUAAAUCAAUACUGUAAAUGAAGUAAUAUCAUGAUAUAUUCAAGUAGUCGUUAGCUCAGUUUUUGACAUGAAAUGAAUUCAUUUACAAUUGUCGUUUUGUGUGGUUGUUUUAGAAAAAUUGAGCUUACUUAUGGUUCUUCAUAUUUAAGAGAUAUUUCCAAUCUAGAUCUCCACUUUCACCAGAUGAUUGGGAUAUUUUUUCCAGUGAGUUUAGAAGGUAGCAGCAGUAUAUUAAAGAAUUUUUUGACUCACCAUAAAAAGUCCUUAGAGACAAGGAGAAGAUAGUUGUUUUUACUUAUUUUUUAUUUUUUGUCUGCACAUAAAAGGAAAAUAGACAAAACUACAACUGCUUAUUGUCAUGUGGAGAAAAAUUAAGAAAUCAUAUUUAUCAUGGCAAGUUGUAGGAUAAAUGUCCUCAGGCAUAAUUGUACUUCUAGGAAUUGCUUUUGAUACCUAUAUCAAUUUGUAAUUUUUCAUAUGAAAUAUAAUCUCUACAUGGUUCAUUUAAAAGAUAGAUUAGUUAUUUCAUACUGAUAAGAAUUUGACUCUUAUUAGUUAUGCGUUUUCCUUGGUGAUAGAUUUGAUUUGUACUGAACUGAAAACAUUAAAGAGAAUAGAUUUCUAAAUUAUUUUAAAUUACCAACACUAUGUUUUAUUUAACUAGAAUCUCUGCUUCCAUUAGAUUAAUACAGUAUUAUAGGGUCUGUUUUCUUAUAACUGUCACAUUUCAUAUAUGAAAGAUAAUAUGUAAAAAUAUGAAGUUGUUAAUUUUUCAGUCAGCAAUCUCAACAAGUUUUUAAGUCAACCAUUAAAGCCAUUCUGAAGCUUUUUUCCUUGUCAACACACACCAGCUGAGCCACAGACUCAUUUUUCCCUGUAGUGCGAUAAAGCACCUGGUGCCGUCCAGUUUCCAAUUCUGUGGUGUCUGGGCCCUUGCAAUACCAACCUUUCAGCACCAGGUUUUAUCCUAUAGGUGGCAACAAUAGCUUUUCAGUAGCGGUGAUCCUAAAGGGCAUUAAAAGAGUUGAGUAAAGAAACUUGAGCAAGUUAAUUUGACAUACGGCUCACUUGACCUCUCACUGAUAUGAGUUAAGUAAGAGAGUCCUAGGUGACCCAAAACACCAAGCUUAGUGUACUUUCAAACUUGAUUUUGAAAAGCUCUUUCACAGAAGCAGUUAUACGUGUUUAUGCAUCCAUUUUGUUCCAUAAUAGUAACUCUGAGUUACUAUUAUUAGUCCUAAGAAACCUACAGCUUUAUUUUUUUAAAUCUCUUACAUGGUAAUUAGAUAUACAAGUGAAAAAGAAACUAUAACUUAAUUAUAGUUAAGUUUAGUUUCUUAACUAAAAUUAAGAAACUAAUUUUUUAGUUUAGAUGAAUAUUAUUAAAUUAAUUUUACAAUAUUCAUUGGUGAUUUUGAUUGGAAACUGAGGCAAGUUCUAGAUGAUAACGAUCACAUUUCGGAAAAUUAACUUCAUCUGGAGCUGAAGGCUUUGGUUUUCAAUUGACAAAUGUAUUCUGAAAAGUGACAAAAAAAAGAGCAAUUUGGUGAAAUAAAAUCUAAAAUACUUGCAUUUUACAUUUUAGCUAUUUAUACAUUAGCUAUUGUAUAGAUAACACUGUGAAUUACUUUUGCACCUAUUUUUAUUUUAAGGAUAUUCUGUAGAAUAGAAAUAAAUACAGCCUUGUCUUGCCUCUCAGUUUUGUUUUCAAUUAUUUAAAGUAUAAAUUCAUAGGAUAAAUUUAUUUCUAAUUAUGUGAAGGGACUUCAUACAUUUUACAGGAUUUAUUGUAAUAAACCACAUCAUGAUAUAAUGUAAACAAAUUUGUGAAUAACUUAGGUACACAUAUGUAAAUAUUUGAAUAUCUGUCUUCAAAGUGUGAUCUUUGUGCUUAUGUCUUCUUAUGCUGUAUAGGCAUCUAAAGAAUCUUGAAGGUAAAUAAGUCAGAAAUUCAUGUCAACUUUCCAACAGGAUUCUAUCUAAACUUAUGAUUAUUAAACUAUGAUGUGCUCUAAUUUGAUCUUUCAUUUCAAAGAUACUAAAGAAAUUUCCUUGGUCAUUUUAUUAAACAGGCAUGUUCUGAGGGUUACACAUAUAAUUAAAUGUUUUUAAUAUUCAGGAUAGGAAAAUUGAGAUACAACAUCUCCACUCAAGAGUCCACAGUCUUCAUGUGAUAAGAAUUUUAAAACUAUGAAAAUACAGUUAAUGAGAAGGAUGACAAGUGAGAAUUGACUUACAGAUUUGGUGAUUUUGAUGAGCAAUUUUGAUGGGUUAGUGAGGGCAAAAGUUUGGUUGGAGCAGGUUUAAAUGAUGCUGAGAGGAAAGAUCUGGUGACUGCCCUCUCAAUGAGUAUUGCUGCACUGGGGAAGAGAAUAGGGUGGGCGGUGGCUAGAGGAGGCCUGGGAUCAAAAGACUUAACUAAGAUGGGAAUUGGAAGUGUGUGUAUAUGUGGAUGGAAAUGAUGCAGUAAAGAAGGAGAAAUGAGGAUUCUGAAGAGAGAUAUGUGGAGUGAAUGUCAUGAAUUACAGGUGGUUGGGAAAUGGAUCUAGUGCCUAAAUUUUGGAAUUAGCCUUUGCCUGGAGCAUAGACACUUCUAGUAGCAGAAGAGGAGUUGGUAUAAAUGGGCAAAGGUACAGGGUGGGCACUUCUGGAAGUUACUGUUUUCCCAGUGAAAUAAGAAGGUCAUCAGCUAACAGUUAGAAUGGCAAAACUGGUAGAUUUUAGGAGAUGAGACUAAGUGGAAUAGUUGUCAAGGAUACUGGGCGAGUGGAUGGAAUAGGAAAAUAUAACUGUGACCUAAUAGUAUGAGAUGAGUUAGCCAAGUUGUAUAUUUUUCUCCAACUCCAUUUCACAGGAAGGACUAGGUAGUGAAUUGGACAAGCAUUUCUUACCAAACAUAAAACACAAACCAUACAAAAAAAUGGUAAUUUUAUAGACUUACUCAAAUUAAAAAAAAACUCUUUAGAAGACACUCUAAAAUAAAUGAAAAAGAUAAGCCACAAAUUAAUAGAUUUUAAAACAUACAUCUAGUAAAACAUCUUGUAUUCAUAUUAUAAAAAUAUUUUAACCACUCAAUAAUAAGAGGACAAAUAAUGUGAUAAUAAAACAAGCUAAACAUGUGAACAAAAGCUUCACCAAAGAAGAUGUACGGAUGACAACUUUGCACAAACAAUGCUCAUCAUCAUUAGUUAUUAAGGAAAUGCAAAUUAAAACCAUGGGAGAUACUAAAUGACUAAAAUUGAAGAACAUACACAAAAUAAAAGGGAAAUACCUGGUUACAAGGGUUGGCAAGGAAGUAGAGCAGCUGGGACUCUCAUACAUUCUUUCUUAAAGAAUGAGAAGUACAACAGCUGUCUUGGAAGUUGAGCUUUUUCUUUUUCUUUUCAAACACACACUUAACUGUGUGACUCAGCAAUACCCUUUCUAGAUAUUUCCCCAAAGGAAAUAAAAUAUAUGACCUUAUGAAGACUUAUACAUGAAUAAUAAUUACAGAUUUAUUUUUAAUAGCCUUAUAAUGCAAACGACCCAACCUCAACAGAUGAAUGGGUAAACAAAUGUGGCUUACUCAUAAAAUGAAGCAAUUCAUCAUUAAAAAGUAGCCAUCUACUGAUGAACACAAAUUCAUGAAGCUGAAAAGCGUUGUACUAACUGAAAUGAGACAGCUACAAAAGAAUUAAUGCUGUAGGGUACUAUUUAUACAAAAUUCCAGACAGGGCAAAUCUAUAGGGACAGAAUAUUAGUGGUUUCCACGGACUGGCGUGGGGGAUGGGUACGAAGAACGGAUUUUCUGCAUGGAGGCCCAGAGCACAUCAUGUAGCUGAGUUCCUGAGGUUAACUCUACUUGGUUGUGAUAUUUUUUCAUUUUUAUGUCACCAGAUUUUAUUGUUAAAAUUUUAUUGAAUUUUUAUAUCUAUGUUCACAAGGAAUAUCAGCUUGUGGUUUUCUUUUCCUGGUUUUGAUACCAGAGUAAUGCUGGCUUCAUAAAAUUAGUUGAUCGAUUUUCAUCUUCUGUUUUCCAAAAAGGCUUUUGUAUAAAUGGUAUUAUUUCCCCCUUAAAUGUUUGGUAGCAUUUUCCAGUGAAGUCCGGAAUAUUUUUUCUUUGUGUGUGUGGCAAGAUUUGUAAUAAAAACAUUCAAUUUCUCUACUAUACAGCUCUUCAUAAAAUCAUCUAUUUAUUCUUAAGUGAGAUUUGAUAGUU